AUGGAAAACACUGAAUAAUUCUAACGCUUUUCUCCUUAGAGACGUAUGUCCAGAAGGCUUUCUACUGGUGGCAGAAAUGACUCCUUUAGCUCUCUCUUCAGACCUGAAUUCGGUUCUUAGAAUAGUCUUAUAUAAAAUGAAAAAAUGUGGAAGCUUAUGUAGUCAUAUAUUAAGAAUGAUAAGGAAACUAUCCAACAGUCAAUUGUGAACCAUGUUGAAUAUACUUUAGCUAAGACAAGAUUCGAUUUCUCCAUAUUCCAUGCCUAUCAAGCCAUAUCUCACUCUGUUAGAGAUAGACUUAUUGAAGCUUUUAAUGAUACCGCUCAGUACUUCACUCAUCAUGAUUGCAAGCGUGUAUAUUACUUGUCUAUAGAAUUUUUGAUGGGUAGAUAUCUUCAAAACGCUUUAAUCAAUUUAGAACUAGAAGAUAAUUACAAAGAAGCUGUUUUAGAAUUAGGAUAUAAUCUUGAAAGUGUUUAUGAAUAAGAAGUUGAUCCUGCCUUAGGAAACGGAGGUCUUGGUCGUUUAGCUGCAUGCUUUUUAGAUUCUAUGGCAACUUUAAAUUUACCUGCUUGGGGAUAUGGUAUUAGAUAUAGUUAUGGUAUCUUUAGAUAAUUGAUUAAGGAUGGGUAUCAAUAUGAAGUUCCCGAUUACUGGUUAGAUAAUGGUAAUCCUUGGGAAAUAGAAAGACUUGAUGUCAACUACCCUAUUCGUUUCUAUGGAUAUGUUAGAAAGAUCCAUGAAAAUGGAAAAGAAAAAUCUAUUUGGGAAGGAGGAGAACUUGUUCUAGCAAGAGCUUACGACAAUCCAAUUCCUGGUUACGAUACCUAUAACACAAUCAACUUGCGUUUAUGGCGUUCAUUACCAGCCCGUGAAUUUGAUUUCAAUUCUUUCAAUUAGGGUGACUACUUCAAAGCUUUAGAAGAAAGAGAAAAGGCUGAGUACAUUACCUCAGUCCUUUAUCCUAACGACUCUAACUACUCUGGUAAGGAGCUACGUUUAAAGUAAUAAUACUUGCUUGUAUGUGCUACUAUCUAAGACGUUAUUCGUCGUUUCAAGAAGAAGAAAAGAGAUUGGAAAGAACUUCCCGAAAAAAUAGCUGUUUAGCUUAAUGACACUCAUCCUGCUAUGGCUAUAGUAGAAUUAUUGAGAGUCCUUAUCGAUCAUGAAGGUAUUGAAAUAGAAUUUGCUUGGGAACUUGUUUACAAAAGUUUCUCUUACACUAACCACACUAUUCUCCCUGAAGCCCUUGAAAAGUGGGGAAUUGAUUUACUUGGAAAUCUUCUCCCUCGUCAUCUUGAAAUCGUUUAUAUAAUUAACUUUAUUUUCCUUGAAAAAGUAUCUAAGAAGUUCCCUAACGAUCAUCAUCGUCUUUCUUCACUCUCUAUAAUUGAAGAAAGUAACCCUAAGAAAAUUCGCAUGGCUAACCUUUCAAUUAUUGGAUCACAUGCAGUAAAUGGUGUAGCUGAAAUCCACUCAAAACUUUUGACUACUACUCUCUUCAAGGACUUUUAUGAACUUAGACCUAAGAAGUUCUAAAACAAAACUAAUGGUGUUACCCCUAGAAGAUGGAUUAGAUGCUGCAAUGUUCAACUUGCACAACUUUACACUGAGUAGCUAGGAGGAGAUACAUGGGUUACUGACCUCACCCAAGUUAGAUGCUUAGAGAAUAUGGUUGAAGAUCCUGACUUUUAAAAUAAUUGGUAGAGAAUUAAAAGAUAAAAUAAAGAAUAACUCAAGUGGUGGGUAAAAGAAAACUGUUAAAUAGACAUUAACAUUGAUUCAUUAUUCGAUGUUCAAGUUAAGAGACUUCACGAAUACAAGAGAUAAUUCAUGAAUAUAUUGUAUGUCAUUCAUCGUUAUCUUUCUAUUAAGAAGACACCAGCAGAUUAAAGACAUGCUAAAUUCCUUCCUCGUACUAUUAUGUUUGGUGGUAAGGCUGCUCCUGGCUACAUUAAUGCAAAGAGAAUCAUUAAAUUAAUUUGCUCUGUUGCAGAUAAAGUCAAUACUGAUAGCGAAAUUGGUGAUUUAAUGAAAAUAGUUUAUCUACCAAAUUACAAUGUAUCAAAUGCUUAAAUUAUCAUUCCUGCUACUGAAUUAAGUUAACAUAUCUCAACAGCUGGUUUGGAAGCUUCUGGUACUUCUAAUAUGAAAUUUGUCAUGAAUGGUUCCUUAAUUAUAGGUACUAUGGAUGGUGCUAAUGUUGAAAUCGCUGAAGAAGUAGGUAAAGAAAAUAUGUUUAUUUUCGGAGCUUUAGUUGAUGAAAUAGAAGGUUUAAGAAAUCAUAUGAGAAAUACUGAACCAAGCCAAUAUUUCCCUCCUGAACUUAAUGAAGUUCUUUAAAAAAUUGAUGAAGGAUUUUUCGGAGCUGUUGAUGAAUUAAGAGAACUUAUCAAUACUAUUAGAAAUAGAAAUGAUUAUUACCUUCUUGGUGCUGACUUUAAGAGUUAUUUGGAAGCCCAAAAAAAAGUUGAUGAAUGCUACAAAAACAAAAGUUUAUGGACUAAAAUGUCAAUUCGCAAUGCAAUUAGAUCUUCUAAGUUUUCAUCAGAUAGAACAAUCUAAUAAUACGCAGACGAGAUUUGGGGUGUAAAGGCUUUCUAAAUUCCAAAUCCAUCUCAAAAUGCAAGAGAGAGAGUAAAAAGCUACGACAAUGUAGCUGCAAAUUGA